UCGGGCACCGCCCUAGCCGCCAAGCUCAGCCCGCGCUCCACUGCCUACUCCCGUGAAUCCCUCGCAGGGCACUGCUACCUCUACUGCUGCUGCGCCGCCGCCUACCUGACUCCGUCAACUCGGCGCCUCACGAUCGUCCAGCCUCCCGGCGGAGCCACCAUCCCCACGUCCAUGAUGGCCAAAACGAUUGCCGCGCGGCGCCGCCGACGCCGCACCAUCACAGCCGCCGCCCCCGCCCACGCCAUGACCUCAGCCAUCGCGGCCGCCCCCAGUAGCCCAACGCCGACCAUGGCCCCGCAGCAAAGAGGUAGCAGGAAGCGGAAAGCGACCGUGCUCCAGGCCACCGCCAGGAGCUCAUCCUCGUCGGCUGGGGCAGACGGAGAGGGGCCCCAGCUACCUAAGACGCAGAGGAGGCCGGCGACUCGUCGCUCGCUGGUGCACUACCUGAAGGACCGCGAGGUCGGUAUGCGGGGCAGCGCAGGGAUCCCGGGCUUCGAGCGCCAGCUGAGCUGCCACGUGGUGCGGGGCCUGCCUAGGAUGCUGACGGAGCGCCCGCUGGCCCUGGGCACCCUCAACAAGGUGUUCGCCUCGCAGUGGCUGAACGCCAGGCAGGUGGUGUGCGGCACCAAGUGCAACACGCUCUUCGUGCUGGACGUGCAUUCGGGCCACAUCACGCGCCUCCCCCUGAUGCGGGACAGGGUGCCGGCGCUGGUUCGAGCCAAGCCUGGCUGUGGCAUCCACGCCAUCGAGCUGAAUCCCUCCAAGACGCUUCUGGCCACCGGGGGCGAAAAUCCCAAUAGUCUGGCCAUCUAUCAGCUGCCCACCCUGGACCCCGUGUGUUUGGGCGACCGCCAGGGCCACAGCGAUUGGAUCUUUGCCAUCGCCUGGAUCAGCGACAACAUGGUUGUGAGCGGCUCCCGCGAUGGCACCGUGGCGUUAUGGCGGCUGGACUUUGACAUUUUCAAUGACAGUGUAGUCAGGCGCAAUGCCAUGGGGUCCCCUAUGUUUGCCCACAUCCGCCCCAGUGCCAUGGAAGACAUCCCCAAGGCCAGCACAAACUCCUGUCACCACCAGGUGCGCUCUCUUGCCUUCAGCAGCCAGAACCAGGAGCUGGGAGCCGUAUCCCUGGACGGCUACUUCCACCUGUGGAAACCUCGGAGCAACCUGUCCAGGCUGCUGUCCUUCAGGCUGCCCUACUUCCGAGAGAACGUGUGCCUGACCUACUGCGAGGAGUUGUCCCUGUACGCCGUGGGCUCUGAGUCCCAUGUCUCCUUCGUAGAUCCGCGCCAGCGCCAGCACAACAUCCGCCCGCUGUGCUGCCGGGAAGGUGGCACCUGCGUCCGUUCACUAAGCUUCUACCACGACAUCAUCACCGUGGGAACGGGCCACGGCUCCCUGCUCUUCUAUGAUGUCCGCGCCCAGAAGUUCUUGGAGGAGAGAGGGGAUGCCAUUCCAGACUCCUCUCCAGGGUCUUCGAGGAGGCAGCUCAAGCUCACCUGUGGCAGAGGCUGGCUCAAACACGAUGGACUCUGGUCAAACUACUUAGAUGGUGUGGACGAACUGACAAAUGCGCUCUACACCCACUGCUACAACUGGCCAGAGAUGAAGCUCUUCGUGGCCGGGGGGCCUCUCCUUUCUGUCCUCCAUGGGCACUACGCGGGCCUGUGGAGCUAAGUAUGGUCACUCCUCAAAGUACGAAAAUUAACCCUCUAAUUCCUUCUUUACUUUGGCAUGUAGCAUGUAUGCUUUUAAUUCCAUAAGUUUUGUUUUUCAGGUGGAAUUGGCCUGAUUUAACUCUCCCCAACACUAACUUUUUGAAUUUUCAUCCAUGUAAUUUUGGCUAAACAUUAGUUUCAUUCUGUCUUUAAGUAAAUCACAUAUUCUGUUUCAUUAAGGGGAUGCUAUCAUUAUCUUACAGCUGUGUAUAUAUUCUUUUUGUAUUACUUAUAUUUCAACAUUAUAGUGGGUUUUUUCAGGGCAGAUAUAUAGUAAUUCAGGAUAUUUUCUAAACAAAAGUUAUUACUAUGUUCUGGAGAGCUCACUGUGAUUUUAUAACAUUAUUGUAAUUGUAAAAUACAUUAGUUUUGGAAGCAUUUCAUUUAAAAUGCACACAUCUGCAUUUUUUGGUUUCUUAAGUCCUUUUUUGAUGAAAUGAAAAAAAAAGUUGUCUUAGAAUCUUGUAUAAAAAUCCCAUUUGAUUAGAAUACUUCAAAGAUGCAAGGGUUCUACUUUACUGAAUUAAUCAGAAAAAAAACAAACCGAUCUGUUUUCUCCCUUAUUUUGAUUGUUUAUGAUCUCUCUUAACUGAUAAAAUGCUUUAAUACUUCAAGUUUUUUGACAAUACUUUAAUACUUGUUUGAGAAAUUUGCACAAAGCUUCAGUUCCAGCACUCAAAUCAGGGUUCUUAACUGUAAAUGUGAAAAGUAUGACAGACUUGGGGGAAUAUAUUUUGACCCAGGGGAUAGACUAGACAUUUUUGCUGUGGCUAUUUUUGAUAUUAGAUUUUAUAUUUCAUAAUACUUUAAAUUUUCCAGUUUUAUUUUAAAAAGUCCAAAGAAGAAAAAUGAGCUCUUUCUGCUCCUUCUGGAAAAAGAUUCUGAACAUGUUAAGUCUAAAUUGCUAAUAUUUUCUUUUUUUAAGGACUUAUACCCAAAGUAGAAUAAAUGUGUUGUUAAAAAACAAGGAUGUGAUAAUAUAUGAUAAUCAACACAGGAAGUUUUUUUUCUAAGUGAUUAGCUGCAAAUUAAAACUUAAUGAGAUUAGUUUGAGGAAAAGUAUUUUGGGACAUAGGUAAAUGCAAAUUGUGGACAAUUGUGAAAACCGUUUGUACUUCUCUAUAUGUUAGAAUAUUGAAAGAGGCAAGGGAAAUUGUCCCUUCAUCAAAAGUAGGCAGAUUAUGCUGACUUUGGAUUAUUAUUGUGUCAGAUUUGCUAAUACUUGCUGUUUAAAGGAUAUAUUCAUUUCUUUGAAAGGCAGAGAGAGUGAUAGUGAUAGGCAGAGUUAAAGAGUGGGGAGGGGGGAGAGUUCCAUCCACUGGUUCACUCCGCAAAUGGCCACAACAGCCAGAGUGAAGCCAAGAGUUUGAUCUGAGACUCCUACAUGGGUGGCAGGGGCCCAUGUACUUACAUCAUCUCCUGCUUCUUUCUCAGGCAUGUAAGCAGGGAAUUGUAUUGGGAGGAGACCACUAGGAAUGUGAACCAGCACCCAUAUCAUAUGCCUGCAUUGCAGGCCAUGACUUAACCCGAUAUACUACAAAUGCCCCUCACGCCCACUGCCGCCGGGUUUUCCCUUAAUGUUUUGUCACUCAAAUGCUGCCUUGGUGUCUAGAUACUACAUGCUGGUAUUUUUCAAAUCAGAACCCGUAGUGUAAUAAGUGGUAUUAAAUAUAGGUCCAGAAAUGCAGAAAAAAAAAUCUGUAGUUCCUGAAGAUUGUUUUAAUAAGUUUAUAUUAUUGUUAUAUGAGUAAAACAUUUUGUGUGCAUGUUUCUCAAAAUCAGCUUUAAGCGCCUUGAAAGCAGUGAAUGUACCAUUCAUCUUUAUAUACCAUGAAUGCCUAGAAAAUCAAAAGUGAUCAGUAAAUAUUUCCUGAAUGAUUGUACUUCUGGAAACUUCUGGAAAGUUCAAGCUUUUCAUUAAAUAAAUAUUUAUGCUU